AUGCUGAGCGUCGCUUCCAAGGGGGAGGCGUGCCGAUAUUGCUUCGAUGAGGGCGACGAGCCGCUCGUGAAGCCCUGCGAGUGCAGGGGCAGCUCGGCGUUCGUGCAUCGCAGCUGCCUGCUGAGGUGGCAGUCGCAACAGAUGCUGAGCGUCGCUUCCAAGGGGGAGUCGCCAGCUGUGGCGCUGUCGUGCCUCGUGUGCAGAAGCAGGUACACAACCGAGCCUCCCACCCCGGGGUCCCUCCUUGAGCUGGUCAGGGGCACCGGCGGCGCGGCGCUCGCCGCCCUGCUCCACCCCGGGACGUUUCUCGUUUCGAGGGAAAGAGCGCUGCCGGAUGCGGCCACCCUCGCGAGCGCGCCGAAUUGGUUGAGGUGGAUCAUCGAGCACAAGCACCGGCACUGGGUCAAGUCGGUGUACCUCCUUACACGCGUGGAGGCUAGGCCGGAUUCGGAGAACGGCGACGUGCUGAUUGGCGUGAACGUGACGCGCGCCAAGAGGUCGGGCGCGGGGAGCGACGACGAGGACGCGCCGCCCGACGACGACGACGACGACGACGACGACGACGACGAAUCAUCGGACGACGACGAGGGCGACGACGAGGGCGACGACGCGGGCGACUCUCGCCCGCGCAUGCGGAGGAGGCUGGUCGCCGGGUCCUCCUCAUCGUCGAGCUCCGCGCCGACGGCUGAGAACGCUGCGCUCGUGAUACAACGCACGUGGCGGCGGUGCCGAGAGAGGCACGACGAGCGCGCCGCCUCCGCCGCCUCCGAUGACGACUCUGAUGACGACUCCGACUUCUUAGAGUCUCUCAACCACGACUCCGACUUCUUAGAGUCUCUCACCCGGACGUACGUCGGCGGCCCCGUGCACCCGAGAAGAAGGAUAAUACUUUUCGUCUCCCCGACUGGCGCAAACGCGCUCUCCCCGACGGGCGACGCCCUAUGCGAGGUUCCGCUGGACCGAACGUGUCACCCGGGUUCACGCGCGAGGGCGUUCGCGUACCACCCGACGGCGACCGACUCGGAUGAGUACGUGGACGAGAUCGCGGGCGAGGCGGCGGCGGCGGCGCUCGCCGAGUCGGAGGAGGAGGACGCCGCUUUCAACGCCGAUGGAUUCUUCGUUCCCCGCGUGCACGUGUUUGAGGGCCACGCGAAGUGGUCGAGGACGCAGCUGAUGAACGAGAUCGCGAGGGGGGACUGGGGGCUGUGUCCGGCGACUCCGGAGGAUCUAACGUCGAGGUGGGCGGAGACGGGGUCGGCGUACUGGGACGGGCUGCGGGCGUCGGGUCGACCGGUGUUUGCCUCCCCGACGUGA